AACCGGGAAAAUAUGAAUUUCCCUCGCUUUUUUCAAUUCCCUCCAGUUUCUCUCACCCCUCCCCCGCCCCGCCAAACCCUUUCCCAGGCCCCCGCGCAGCGCCUUCUGGUUGCAAUGUUGAGAUUGCGUUCACGGACCUUGCUUGCGUUGGGGAGCAACUUGGAAUUCGAGCAAAGGCAUGCUGCUUGUUCUUGUUUUUAUCGCAAGAGGAGCUGCGAAUGAGCGCAACAAUCUCUGCACGUCAUUUUCGUCUUCUGAAUGAAACGAUAUUCGUGCUACAUGAAGUUCUAAAUCUUCUACUGCUAUUCCCGAGUAGUCACUCCGACGGAUUAUCUGUCUUCUUCUUGAGUGAAGGGACAACGACAAGGUGUCACAAUGGCAGGCGAGGGGUUGAAAAAAGAAAAGUGCGAGUUAUUUGACCUACCACCGCGUAAACGGUUUAAAUUGCUAGAGGAGCAGCGUAGAGAGAAGGAAAUGGAGUUGCAAACGCGCGACUCGUGUUGUAAUGACAUUACGAAUUAUCCUUCCCAUGGGGUAUCUCCGAAGAAACUGGCAUUGCAGGAGCUCCUUAUGCUGGAUAAGGAGAAUCACAAUUAUAAGCAACGGAGAGUAAAGCGGCCUUUAGUGCAAGCAAUGCCGCCAGUGCCACCACGGCCUGUCGCCGUCAAAAGAAAAGAUCCUCCAUCAUUGCUUAUGCCGAUUACUGCAAGGAGUGCAUCGCCAAUGAUGAAGCUGAAGUCGCCCGCUUCCGGUGCGUUCAAGAGCUGGGGUGAUCCUCCUUCAAAAGGUUCCUUUACUGAGAUCAAGGGCAAUUUGGAGGUUCACCAGCCAGCAAAUGUAUCGUCUCCAGGAUCCAGUCAAUUAUUCAGCGAAGCAUCUGAAGAUUUGAUUCGUAGGUCCGUAUGCUAUCAAUCAGAUGUUCCGAGAAAAGAAUCUCGUGCUGCACAUCUAAAGACUCCGACCACAUGGGUGAUGUCGAAAGGUGUGACAUGCUCAAUUAACAAGGCACAGGAAGAUGCUGACACGAUCGUGUGUGAGAGCCCUUCGCCUAGUUCCUACACAUCCAGCUCAGAAGAGGAUAUGACAGAGAAGGUUGUGGAGUCGGUUUCCAUGAACACGACAUCGUUUCCUCCCAUGGUGCCAGUCGGUCUCAACGUGUUGAUCACACGAAGCGAAGAUACUCACCAGCUCGCGACUGAGAUUCAAGAGGAUAGUCUCGUGGAUGAGGACGUGAUGGCAGCAUCUCAGACUGCUUAUCCUUCCACUAGUGAUGAUAUGAUGAAGGCUUCUACUUUUUCUGUUCCCAUGGGCCAAGGUGUGAACAGACGUGGAAUAGAAUCAGAGACUGAAUCUUCAACUGAAGCCGAGGUUAAGCCUGUCGACGCUGAACAAUCUGUGUGUUUGGACGCCACCAAUACUGCUGCUUUAAACGUCAAGACAUCAAUCCAAUUGACAAAUGGCGACAUUCUGCUAGCGAAGGAUGGCGACAAGAAUCGUCCAUCCUUGGAUGCAGGAGCAACAAUUGAAACUACUUUGCCAACCAUGGUGAAUGGGUUAACCUUGCGAAUCCCUGCCGAUGGCUAUGAACUUAAAGUAAAGGAAACCAAGAUGGAAUAUCCAUGUAAAACAUCGGAGGAGAAUCUCAAAGCAUCUACCACCGGUAGUAUAAUUAGAGAACCAGAUGCUUGUUCUCUCACCGCUUCCUCUUCUAUAGUAGCGAGUGUCAAAAGUGCUGGAACAUCAAGCAAUCCAGGAUCUUCGGAGGGUGUGACUGUUACUACUAACCAAGUGAAGGACAAUUUGUGUGAAAAAAGCGACAGUGAUUGUCCAGCAAAACAGCAGGAAGAGCAAACUCCCCAAGUGGCGUCGGAUGCUUCAGAUGAUUUCAAUGGAAUUGGGGUGCAAGAGAACCAAGAACGAAAGGUAGUAACGACCUUGGUUGACCCACUUGCAAUCAAUGAGGGAGAUAGGAUAUCAGCGACUGACGCGCUACAAAAUCUUAUGACGGGGCAAGAAAGAUUACUCGUUGAUUUGGAUCGGCGUAUGAAACGCCUUUUUAAGCGAAUGCUUGGAAGGGAGGGUUGCAAAGGGGGUGACUUAGAGCAAGGCAGGAGCAAUUCUUCGUCAAAUUCUUUUUUGGCUUUCAGUGAGAUGGAGAGUUUUAAUUCUACGGUCGAGGACGGUAGGAAACUGAUAGAUGUGGCUACCUCGAAAUUUCAGGACCUACGGCAAUUAUCAAUAUCUUGGAAUGAUGAAGUUGUUGAUACGAGAAGUGCAGAGGACUGUCAAGUAGAACCAAGAUCCAUCAACAACGGAGUGGUGCAAUCCCAGAAUUCUUCAUUCGCCUUUACAGUGAGCUCCUGUAAAGCUUCUCAAGGUGAUGAGGUUUUCCCAUGUUCGGAGAGUCCAGAAAAAGACAGUCCAAUUCCACCUGAUUUAAAAACCUCAAGCUUCAGAUUACAAGAGCAGUCCCAUGAAUUGGUCUGCAAAUCAUCAAAAGAAGACAAUGGCUGGGAUUGGGAGAUGGAUGUACCUAAUUUCACUUUCGGUAUGCGAAGUGGAAUGACACAACGUGUGAAAGCACCUGGUCGAUGGUCAGACAGAUCAAAAGUCGAGGCCACCAGCGUAGAUGAAGACGAAGAUGAUGAUGGCGCUUGCGAUGUAUGCCGCAGCGCCGAUGGCACCCCAUCGGAUCCCCUUGUUUAUUGUGAUGGAUGUAAUGUUGGAGUUCAUGCCAACUGUUACGGCAACCCCCUGCAUCAUGAAGUCCCAGAAGGAGAUUGGUUUUGUGUUCAAUGCCAGAGCAGAAGCCCGGAUUCUAGAAGCUGCUGUCUGUGCCCAAGAUCUGGGGGUGCUAUGAAAUUGACUACCGAUGGAAACUGGGCCCAUUUAUCAUGCGCUAUUUAUGUACCCGAGGUAUUUUAUCGCCAACCAGAUGACUUGGAGCGAAUUGAUACGUCGCAUGUUCCCAGUAAACGGUGGCUUUCCACGUGUAGUGUGUGCAAUUCAACCGGAGGUGCUUGUAUCGAUUGCACGGAGAUUGGAUGCACGUUACGUUUCCAUGUUUCUUGCGCUUUGAGAAAGAACCUUGCUAUGGAGUUUCGGGAUGGCCGAAAUGGUGCCAUCGUUAUCUCGUUCUGUGAGGAACAUACGGCUGCUUGGGAAGAGCAACAGGAAUCUAAAAAGGGACAUUCGAAGUACAAAAUUGUCUCCCGUGAACCAAAGAAGAUGAAAAUGCCUUUGAAAAUGAGGUUUUAAGCCGCGAUGAUGGUUGAAAAAGAGAAUUCCUUGUUCGUAUAUGGCAUUUGUUUGUUUCCAAUGGUUGGGUUCCACGAUGACCCUCAGCUGAUUGUAUCAUACUCUGUGGUGCUUGGAUUCCACCUUAGGUUUGAGGGGUUAGAAUUCAUAUUUGAUUUUUUAAGAGCAUUGAGUCUCAAUUUAAUUCAGUGCGAACACAGUCUAGCUGUAUUUUCGCUCAGCUGUGGCUUUGACACACGACUACUGCAUCUU